CAACAAAGGGGGGGGAGUGGCCUCUGGGAGCAGUGGAUUCAUGGUGUAGGCACUGAGCCCCAGCAAUAACCCUGGAGGCAAAAGGAAAAAAAAAUUAUUGGAUAGACAUUGAGAGGGAAUGGACAGAUUGGGAGAGACACCUGCAACAUUGCUUCACAGCUCAUGAAGCAUAAUUUUUUUUUGUAUUUAUUAGAGACAGCCAGAAAUUCACAGGGAUGGGGAAGAUAGAUACCUGUAGCCCUGCUUCACCAUUUUUUUUUUUAAUUUCCUUCUUUUUAAACCUUCCUUCUUUUUGGAGCCUCAGGCAUAAGGUCUCUUUUUGCAUAACCAUUAUGCUAUCUACCCCUGCCGCCAUUUCUAAGUCACACCUAGGUGUCUAUUACUACUACUUUUUUUUUUUUUUUUUUAAAUUCUGCUUCACCACUUGUGAAGCUUUCCCCCUGCAUGUGGGAACCGGGUGCUUAAACCUGGGUCCUUGCACAUUUGUAACCUGUGCUCAACCAGGUGCAGCACCACCCGGCCCCCUUUCGUGAAGCCUUUGCCGCGCCCCCCCCCAAGCUGGUGAUGGUCAGGCCCUUGAACCUGGGUCCUUGCACAUUGUAAUAGGUCUCUUAUCCGGUGUGGUACCACCAGGAGGACCCUUAAAUCCUCAGGACAAAACCUAUUAGCUAAGUGGUUGUUUUUUUUUUAAUGUUCUAUUUUAUUGGAUAGAGAGAAGGGAGUGAUAGGCUCCUGCAGUACUGCUUGUUGAGCUUCUGCCCUGCAGGUGGGGUCAGGGGGCUUGAACCAGGGCUCUUGAGUAUGGCAACCUGUGCAUUCAACCAUGUGCGUCACCAUGAGGCCCUUAUGUUGGCUAAGUUUUGAUAAAACCCCUGCUUUAUCUGUGAGGAAAGCAAGUUUCAGAGGUGCUAAAUUCAUUCACUUACUCAUUCAUUCACUCACUUCAAUCAGUCAGUCCAAUGACAAGAAGGGAGAGAAAGAACCAGAGCAUAUACAAUACUAGGAAUCAAACCAAGCAGCCAGCUUUGUUUUUCAGAGCCAGCCUGUACAGCGCUCAGCUUUGCUUUGGCACCAGCAGUGUCCUUGCACAGCGCGCAUGCGCCAGAUACAUUUAAAGCGCCCGCCGGAAGCUGCAGCGCCUGGUUGCUCCAGUCUGGACGAUGCUGGUGAGGGGCAGGAGCUGGGGCCCCGCGCCUGGUUGCCUCCAUCUCCAGGCGCUGACCUCUAGCCUCUCUUCCUUGCAGAAUCCAUCUGCCUCCUUAAACCCAGGGCCCCUUGACCCCCCGGGCCCCGCUUGCACCUGCGGUUCCCUCGAGGUCCCAGAGAGGCAGCGGGGGCCUUGCGCACCUCCUGGGCUGGAAGAGGCGUUGAGCGCGCUGGGACUGCAGGGAGAACGCGAGUAUGCGGGGGACAUCUUCACCGAGGUCAUGGUGUGCCGUGCACUGCCCCGCAGAGCCCUGCCCCGCACCGUGACCCCGGAGAUGCGCGCGCUGGUGGUGGACUGGCUGGUCCAGGUGCACGAGUACCUGGCCCUGGAGGGGGACACCCUGUACCUGACUGUGCACCUGCUUGAUUCCUACCUGAGUGCCUGCCGCGUGCGCCUACGCCACCUACAGCUGCUGGGUGUGGCCUGCCUGUUCUUGGCGUGCAAAAUGGAAGAGUGUGUGCUUCCUGAGUCCACCUCCCUCUGUCUCCUGGGGGCCGGAUCCUACUCUCGGGUUGAACUUCUGCGCGCGGAGCGCCGCAUCCUGAGCCGGCUGGGCUUCCGGUUGCACCACCCCGGCCCGCUCCUUUGCCUCAGGCUACUGGCUGCGCUGGCAGGGAGCAGCCCGCAGGUGCUGCUCCUCGCCACCUACUUCUUGGAAUUGUCCCUGCUGGAGGCCGAGGCCGCUGGAUGGGAGCCCGGUCGCCGCGCGGCUGCGGCGUUGAACCUGGCUCACCGCAUGCUCGAUGGGACGGUCUCUGCGCCUGAGCCAGCGCUUUACAGCCCCGCGCAACUGGGUCCGCUCCAGAAGUGCAUGGUCCGCGCCGCUCUGCGAGGCCCCUGGCCUGGCCGCGCCGCUGUCUUCCUCAAGUACGGGCGCCCCCAACUCCAACGCACCAGCCUGACUGCCGCCCAGCUGCUCCGCCACCCCCAGCCCGGGCCUCCUUGAACCCCAAGCUUGCCUGCUGCAGUCGGAGCUGGUGAACUACGAGCGGGUGCGCGAGUACUGUCUCAAGGUGCUGGAGAAGCAGCAAGGCAAC